AUGCUUUUUUCUUUUGUUGAACGUGCCGUCAUUCCGAUGGCAGUUUAUGAGAGCCUUUUCACAUUCAGUCGUUACGGAUGCCACGUGGAAGACUCGCUAUCGGUUAACGAGUCUGCCAACAGAACGACGGUGACGGGGCUACUGCGCGAUUGUAGUCACUACAUUAUUGUCUCUUUUUGCUGUGUCUGUUCAUAUCUCUCGCUCGCUCUCUCUUUGUCUCUAUACAUUUUCCUAUCGGACUGUCUGUCUCAGUCUGUUCAUAUCUAUCUAUCUAUCUAUCUAUCUAUCUAUCUAUCUAUCUAUCUAUCUAUCUAUAUCUAUCUAUGUUCAUAUCUAUCUAUCUAUCUAUCUAUCUAUCUAUCUAUCUAUCUAUCUAUCUAUCUAUCUAUCUCCCCUCUCUCUCUCUCUAUAUAUAUAUAUAUAUAUAUAUAUAUAUAUAUAUAUAUAUAUAUAUAUGUCCAAUAUCUAUCUAUCUAUCUAUCUAUCUAUCUAUCUAUCUAUCCAACUCUGAUCAUAUCUAUCUAUUGA